AUGGGGUUCAUAUCGUCGAUAUUUUGCUGUGGAGUAGAAUCCAAAGACGACCAUAAUGAUAAAGUACAUCAAUCUACAAAUGCAAACGGCACGUCUUCUUCAAAAGGAAAAUCUAACGCCAAUACAAAAUCAAUUACAACAGAAAACAACAAUUCAAAUACUACUAAUUCACGGUCUCAACAACAAAACAGAGCAAGUAAAAGGAAUACCAAUGAGACAAAUUCUACUAAUGCCACAGUAACAGGCACUAAAAAGCAAACAAAAGACGAAAUACGAAAUAAAAACGAAUCCUCACAAUCCAACAAUCAUUCAGAUGCUAGUAAAGAUAAUGAUAUUGACGUAUUAGGAGAUGAUGAUGAUGAGGAUGAUGACGAAGAUGAAUAUGACGAUGAUGAGGAUGAUGAUGACGACGACGAAGAUGAUGAUGUGGAUGUCGCGCAUGAAGGUGAUGAUGAAGUCGAAGCAUUGAAACCUAAUAAAAAAGAGCUAUUAGAUGAUGAUCAUUCUGUUAAUGAGAGUGCAACAAUCACAAACACAAACGAUGAAUCAAACAACAAUACUCCAAAAUCAAAUAAUAGAAAUAGCAGUAGCAGUAUUAAACCUGAUACUUCAUCAAGAAUAAAUCCGUCAGAUAUAAUAACUCAAGUACCUGAAAAUGGUCAAUAUAAUUCACAAGUCAAUGCUUACCUGAAAAAUGUUGAUGACGAUACCAAUGCAGAUGGUGAAAGCGAUGAUGAUGAGUCAUUUGUUGAUUUGACUAAAUUGCAAGAAGGUCAAGCUUUUAAUCCUGAAACUGGGUUUCUAUUGGGUAAAAAGGACAAGAACUUUGGUAACAAGAAAUGUCUAAUAUUAGAUCUAGAUGAAACUUUAGUUCAUUCUAGUUUCAAAUAUUUACGUACUGCUGAUUUUGUUAUCCCUGUGGAAAUAGAUAAUCAAAUACAUCAUGUUUAUGUUGUCAAAAGACCAGGGGUUGAUGAAUUUUUACAAAAAAUGGGUAAACUUUUCGAAGUUGUUGUCUUUACAGCAUCUGUGCUGAAAUAUGGUGAUCCAUUGUUGGAUAAGUUGGAUAUUUACAACUCGGUGCAUCAUCGAUUGUUCAGAGAUUCAUGUUAUAAUUAUCAAGGAAACUUUAUAAAAAAUUUAUCACAAGUUGGCCGUCCGUUGCAAGAUACUAUAAUCAUUGAUAACUCCCCAGCAUCUUAUAUUUUCCAUCCUGAUCAUUCGAUUCCAAUCAGUAGUUGGUUUAGUGAUCUGCAUGAUAAUGAAUUGUUGGAUUUGAUUCCAUUUUUAGAAGAUUUGGCAAAACCAGUUGUCGACGAUGUUGGUUUGGUAUUAGAUAUAUCCUUAUAG